CGCUUGUCAUUUUGUAGCCUUCCUCAACCCCCCAAAUGGAACCUUCACUAGUUCCGCCCGCCGCUAUCUCUGUCCUGCUGCUCCUCCUCCUCCUCACUCCGGCCGCUGCCUGGCGCCCUUGGCCUCAUCUCGCCAAAUCCAACGCCUCUGAUGACGCCCUCGUCGCCGACUCCAAGAAAUACGAGGGCUCGUCGGAGUUCGUUCACUUGAAGUACCACAUGGGCCCAGUUCUCACCGCUAAUAUAACCGUCCACAUUAUCUGGUACGGCACGUGGCAGAGGAAUCAAAAGAAGAUCAUCCGCGAGUUCAUCAACUCCGUCUCCGCUCCCCAUUCCAAAUCCCCGUCUGUCUCUGGCUGGUGGCGGACUGUUCAGCUCUACACUGACCAGACCGGAGCCAACAUUUCGAGCACGGUCCGGCUCGGCGAAGAGAAGAACGACCGGUUUUAUUCCCAUGGAAAAUCGCUGACUCGGAUGUCCAUUCAGUCGGUGAUUAAAAGUGCCGUCACGGCGAAAUCUCGGCCCCUGCCGAUAAAUGCCCGGAACGGACUCUACCUUUUACUGACCUCCGAUGACGUUUAUGUGGAGAAUUUCUGUGGGCAGGUUUGUGGGUUUCAUUACUUCACGUUCCCUUCAAUUGUAGGUUAUACACUGCCCUACGCUUGGAUUGGGAACUCGGAGAAGCUUUGUCCCGGUGUUUGUGCUUACCCAUUCGCGGUGCCGAGUUACAUUCCGGGGCUGAAGCCGAUGAAAUCGCCGAACGGCGAUGUUGGAGUGGAUGGAAUGAUCAGUGUGAUAGCUCAUGAAGUGGCGGAGUUGGCAUCGAACCCACUCGUGAACGCAUGGUACGCUGGCGGGGACCCAAUAGCGCCGGUGGAGAUCGCCGAUCUCUGCGAAGGGAUUUACGGGACCGGAGGAGGAGGAUCAUACACGGGCCAGUUGAUGGACGGUCAUGAUGGGGCCACGUACAACAUGAAUGGGAUCAGACGUAGGUAUUUGGUCCAGUGGGUUUGGAAUCAUGUGGUAAAUUACUGUACUGGCCCUAAUGCACUGGACCAGUAGUAGAGGAAUAUUUCUCCCGUUUUUUUCUUUUUCUUUUUUGUUUUUGUUUUGUUUUAUCGUCUUUAAUUUGGGACGGGGGGUAUAUUUUUGGAGUGGGCUUUUGGGCUUCUGGGGGUUGUGGGCCUUGUGGGCCUUGUGAGGUCUGGCUGUUAAUCAGUAACUUAGUAGUUAAAAGGCAGUUAAUCACGUGUUAAUAACAAGAUUUCCCUAAUACUAAUUUCGUAUCUAUGAAGCUUGAGAAAACAA